AUGUCCAGCACUGAACCUCAGCCACCUGCACAGUCUAUCAGGCCGGCGGGCUAUCGGCAUGGUCGCAACAGUACAGUCUGCUACAUGCUCGCUGAUUGCCAUUCUCUCACACACUUUGAAGUAGCGAACGCGACUAUAUGGGAUAUGCACCGGGGCCUUGUACAUUUUGCCCGCCAGGCUGCACCAGUCGCCGCCGCCGCCGCCGCCCCACCAGAACCUGCCCAACUUGCCCAACCUGCAGAUAACCCCGCACCGGCGCCUAAUGUGGACCAAGCAGCACCACCAGCUGAUGCCAUACCGCCCCAAAACCAACUUGCUGUAGCAGACGAACAUCCCCCAACCCUAUGGGCGAUCAUCCUCGCCAUUCUUCAGAGGAUUUGGAACACAAUAAUAGAGCUUUGGAAAACGCUCGUGGAGAGGAUAGGCCUCGCACCUGGCUAG